UCAUUUACGUUUUUGCUAGGGAUGACAUCUAAGAAUGCUUCAGGUGAAGCUAAUAGUAACUGGAGAUGACUUUGGCUAUUGUCCUCGGAGAAACCAAGGCAUCGUGGACUGUUUCCUGGCCGGUGCGAUAUCUAACGUGUCCCUUCUAGUCAACGGAAGUGCUGCAGCAGAUGCAGCCAAGCUGGCAAGGAGAUACAACAUCCCAAUAGGCCUGCAUGCCAACCUCUCCGAGGGCUCCCCUGUAUGUGAGGUACUCAAGACAAACUCUUCUCUGCUCAACCGAGAUGGAUUCUUCCAUGGUAAAAUGGGAUUCAGAACAGCUCUAUCAAAAGGUCUCCUGAAUAUGUCAGAGGUGAGGCAGGAGCUAAAGGCUCAGGUGGAGCUGUUCCAUGAGCUGACAGGUCACCUACCUCCUCACAUGGAUGGGCACCAGCAUGUCCACGUCCUCCCAGAGGUCAGGCAUGUUUUUGCAGAGGUGUUAGAGGAAUAUGGGAUUAAGUACACUCGUGUCCCAAUAGAGCCAGGCCUUCAUAACUGUGACUGGAUUCCACCGUCUCUGAUGGACUUUUAUCUGGGAGUAGAAGAAGAUUCUUUUAACACAGUGGAUGUGUUUACAAAGCAUGGAAUAAGGUGGCCAGACAUUUACAUAGGCCUGAGCACCAUGGGCAAGAACAUGUCUGUCAGCAGCAUCUGGAGUGCGAUCGACACUGCUAUCCUGGAGGUCACGGCCAAGGCAGCCUCACCUGCACACCCAACGCCACCGAGCAGGACAGUAACCAUAGAACUGAUGGUGCAUCCAGGGUACCCCAGUGUCCCACCCGUCGGCGGCUGUGGGGAAGGACCAGAUGAUUUCUCGCAGUCCUGGGAGCGCCUCCAUGAGCUCCAGACUUUAGUUAAGCCAGAGCUGCAGAGCCAUUACAAAAGCAGGAACAUUCAGCUGUGUUCAUUCAAAGAUCUUUAA